ACGACGAAAAAUAACACAGAAACAAAAAACUUUUGAGCAAAACAUUAUUUGUUGUUCUUGUUCUUGUACGUUGUAAUUACUCCUGUCCCCUCCAACUCUCUCUCUCUCUCUCUCUCUCCCUGUGCUUCGAUCGGAUCUGAAGCUCUUCUCCAUAGGAAUAGAAAGACACCACUCCCGCCAUCUCAACCCACCAAAAGUUGUGUCGCUUUACUCUUUUAUUUGACGUUUUGGGUUCUCACUCUUCCAAUUGUCAUGAAGGACUGCUUGCUCUGCAUUGCACUUUCGCUUCUCUGAUCAGAACCUGUGCGAACUUGCUGAAUGGAGUCGCCUAUCGAUGCAGUUCAUUCUAUAUCAAAAACUCAGAAUUUGGUAAUAGGCAACAAGCCUCCAAGAUCUGGGACUCCUCGCUCCUCUCAUCCUCCAUCUCCAAAACAAACUAGAAAUGGAGUGGCUUCUUUCAUUUCCUUUGCAAGUGCUCAUAAUCAUGAUGGCCUGAAGACAGCCCGCCUUCCAAACGGUUAUGUGGUUAAUCAAAAUCCUUUCUACGAAGCGGCCCUUGAUAAUGUGCAGUAUGAAGAAUCACCUAGUAUUACGAAAUGCUUUGACAACUCAAAUAAGGUGAAAUCCGAAUAUGCAAGCCACAAUGAUGUUCUGAAUAAAGCAGUUGAAACCUCUCAUGUGGAGAAGGUUUCUGCUGUGGAAACAAAAUUUUACUCCAAGAAUCCCAUUGCUGAUUGCAAAAACAACUCAAGUGGCUUAAUUGAAUCUGAAAAUUCUGUUUUGGGCCCAUCUAAGGGAGGGGCUGCACAAGUAGACAGCCACGUAACAUCUCAGUCGAUAUUAACCUUUUCUCCAAGUCCUCAGAAUAGUGUCUAUUCUGCGACCUUGUAUUCAGAAGCCAAGCAAAGCUUUACAAACACAGAAGUUAGUGAAUGUACGAGCAGUAUCGAGAAGUUUGGUGAUAGUGUUGAAGUUACUAAUUCUUGUGAUUUUGUCGAGAGCAGGAAGACCAGCAUCUAUAGAGGCAGUACUGGCAGUGACAUCAGCGAUGAGAGCAGUUCCAGUAGUUUAAGCAGUGCCAUGUACAAGCCGCACAAGGCAAAUGAUAUAAGAUGGGAAGCCAUUCAGGCCAUUCGAUCUCGUGAUGGGAUGAUGGAAAUGAAACAUUUUAGAUUGUUGAGGAGACUGGGAUGUGGAGAUAUUGGCAGUGUCUAUUUAUCAGAGUUGACUGGCACUAGAACAUAUUUUGCCAUGAAGGUUAUGGAUAAAGCAGCUCUAGCGAAUCGCAAGAAGCUUUUGAGGGCUCAGACUGAAAGAGAAAUACUGCAGUCUCUGGAUCAUCCCUUCCUACCCACAUUGUAUACACAUUUUGAGACAGAAAAGUUCUCUUGCUUGGUAAUGGAGUUCUGUCCUGGUGGAGAUCUGCACGCACUCAGGCAAAGACAACCGGGGAAGUAUUUUCCAGAGCAUGCUGCCAGGUUUUAUGUGGCUGAAGUUCUUCUUUCUCUGGAGUAUUUGCACAUGCUUGGGAUCAUUUACAGAGACCUUAAACCAGAAAAUGUGUUGGUAAGAGAAGAUGGACACAUAAUGCUCUCAGACUUUGACCUCUCUCUAAGAUGUGCUGUCAGCCCAACUCUGGUGAAAUCUUCAAAUUCAAGCUUGGAGGCUAAGAAUUCAGGAUACUGUGUGCAACCUGCCUGCAUGGAGCCAACUUGUGUAAUGCAGCCAGAUUGCAUCCAACCUGCAUGUUUCGUACCACGCUUCUUGUCAAGCAAGCCGAAGAAAGAAAAAAAGAACAAGCCAAAGAAUGAAACAUGUCAUCAAGUAACCCCUCUCCCUGAGCUCAUUGCUGAACCCACAAAUGCUCGAUCGAUGUCUUUUGUUGGUACACACGAGUACUUAGCACCUGAAAUUAUUAAGGGUGAAGGCCAUGGCAGCGCUGUAGAUUGGUGGACAUUUGGGAUAUUUCUUUAUGAGCUUCUGUUCGGUAAAACACCAUUCAAGGGAGCAGGGAACAGGGCUACUCUAUUUAACGUGGUUGGCCAGCCCUUGAGAUUUCCAGAGUCACCUACUGUGAGCUUUGCUGCUAGGGACUUGAUCAGGGGUCUACUUGUGAAAGAGCCACAGCAUCGUCUUGCUUAUAGACGCGGUGCUACAGAGGUUAAACAGCAUCCCUUUUUUCAAAGUGUGAAUUGGGCCCUCAUUCGUUGUACAAAUCCACCAGAGGUGCCAAGACCGGUUGCGAUGGACAUCCCUACUAGAACUGAUGUGCCAAAGGCACCCACAACCGAAGUGCCUGGUGUUGAUGUGAAGCCUUCAGGUAAUUAUUUGGAGAUUGAUUUCUUUUGAUUUCUGUAUCCAUUUUCUUUCUUUGAACCAGUUUCCAUCUCCUCAUUUGUAUUGUGCUUCAAUGGUUUCUUUCCAUUGCUAAAAAGAUACAAAUUUGAAGUUCCUUUGAUUGGCACUUGUAAUAGUGCCUAGGCAAAUGAGAAACAACAGCAAGGAAAAAAGCCAAUGCAUUAAAAUGAGGAAAGAAGUUGCUGAUCUUUCUUCAUCA